AACUAGUGGAAAACAGUUUCAUUAUCAAUUAUGAAUAUGGCCAAGGACGUGAUCUAAUCUAUGAUUAUGAGGAAAUUGAAAUGUAUAUGCGCAAUCUUGUUAGUAGUCUUUGUUUAUUUGAUACAGAUAAUUUACCCAUGCUCAACUAUCAAUUUGAAUUGUAUAACGAGAAUAACUCUCUUAUUACCAAUAUUCGACGACGAAUUAAUCAAACAUCAUUAUCUGUGGUUGAUCAAGCACAAUUUAAAAGUUUACUUGUUCGAAUGAAUCACGAUGAAAUUGUUCAUUGUUUAGGUUUAUUAGAUCAUGUGUUCACAUAUCUAUGCAACAUUCACGAUGAUGUAUCUGGUAGCAGCACACAAGCAUUUGUUGAACAGCACAUGAACACUAAUACAUGCGUCAAUGAGCAUUUUUUUCGGCGACCACCAUUUUCAACGGUUCCACUCAUUCACAUAACUGCCUUGUGCGAGCUGGUAGAAGUAGUAGCAUUUGAUAUUGUACUAUGUCAGCAUGUCAAAACAGGACUACGUGAAGCAGUACUCGAUGACAGAGGAAAAACCAAAAGCCCUUGGGCUUCUAAUAUACCUUCCACAUCGAUUCCUCCAGAGGGGGCUUCUAAUACGGGGAGGCUUCUAUUAUGGGGGGAGGGGGUUAACGGAAUACCAGUAGUUCAGUCAGGAAGGAUUCAUUUAUCAGGAACAGCUAAAACGGAAGCCUCAAAAAGAAUAACGGAUCAAACAAAGAGCAUGAACCUCCCUGAUUGGUACGUUUUGAAUAUUGAAGAAGACGACUAUGAUGUGAUUGCAUCUGCAGAUAACUCCGCUCUUGAAAAACAUGCGCAUGAUUCUUUUCAUAAAAUAGACUGGGACAAUUGGCGUAUUGUGGAUCGAGAUAAUAUAGAGUAUAGGCUGUUAAUAAAAGAGUCUUUAUUUAUUUUGGCAUUUAAGCCCAAUCUAAAUGGUACGGUUAGAUCGGUACCAUUAAUUGUAUUUCCAAAUGGUUUAUCAAAGACUAGUAAAAAUGAUUUUGAUCCAGGAGGUGACAGAGCAAAUAACGAAUGA